GCCCACGAAAUUACUCGUAUCUGUUAUCUUGUUGAGACGCCACCACCAUCUUCACUUGAGCUUGUUUUCUACUUGCACUGUUCUUCGUUAACUCUUCUUCAACAGAAAAUUCCACUCGUUGUUCAAAAAUGAAUUCUUGACACACUUGUUUUUCUCUUUUAGUGGAAGCAAGAUGUCUGUGUUGCUGAAAGCGUUGCCUUUGGUGGCCCUCCGCCAAAGGCCGUCAUCGUUCUUCUUCCUCUGCAGCGUUUCCACCACCACUCCAAGGGUUCUUUCCAGAACAAGAACUCUGUCUUGCGUUUCUGCUUCUGCUUCUGCGUCUGCUUCAACUUCAACGUCUCAUUUGACACAACCACCUCCUCCUUCUUCUGAAGCACAAGCACUCUCGUCCAACGCUAAGACUUGGUCUCAGUCACUUUCUUGGGUUUCUAGAACUGCUUUCUGCGGUGAGUUGUCCUCAAUCGAUGUGGGAAAAAAGGUUCAGCUUUGUGGCUGGGUUGCACUUCACAGGGUCCAUGGUGGCCUCACAUUUCUCAAUCUUAGGGACCAUACUGGUAUUGUUCAGGUUACGACCCUUCCAGAAGAAUUUCCAGAUGCGCAUUCUGCUAUCAAUAACUUGAGACUCGAGUAUGUGGUUGCAAUUGACGGUGUUGUCAGGUCUAGGCCAAACGAGUCAAUCAAUAAGAAUAUGAAAACAGGCUCCAUUGAGGUUGCUGCUACUAGUGUUCUAGUGUUAAAUGCUGUAAAUUCAAAGUUGCCAUUCUUAGUUACUACAGCAGAUGAUGCAAAAGAUUCUCUUAAAGAGGAAAUCCGUUUGAGGUAUCGAUGCCUUGAUCUACGGCGGCAACAAAUGAGUUUCAACAUAUUGCUGCGACAUAAAGUUGUUAAACUCAUUCGGAGAUAUCUAGAAGACAUCCAUGGUUUUGUUGAGAUUGAAACUCCAAUACUGUCUAAAUCCACGCCAGAAGGUGCCCGGGAUUAUUUAGUUCCUUCAAGAACCCAGCCAGGAACAUUCUACGCCUUGCCACAAAGUCCACAGUUAUUUAAACAAAUGCUAAUGGUAGCAGGUUUUGAUAAAUAUUAUCAGUUAGCAAGGUGUUUUCGUGAUGAAGAUUUAAGAGCAGAUAGACAACCUGAGUUCACCCAGCUAGAUAUGGAAAUGGCUUUUACUCCUUUAGAGGAUAUGUUAUCUCUAAAUGAAGAAUUGAUCAGAAAGGUUUUCCUUGAUAUUAAAGGGGUGGAAUUACCAAACCCUUUUCCCAGGCUUACAUAUGCUGAAGCAAUGAGCAGAUAUGGCUCAGACAGGCCGGAUACCAGAUUUGAUCUCGAGUUAAAGGAUUUAUCUGACCUUUUCUUAGGGUCAUCCUUCAGAGUUUUCUCUGAUUCUUUGGAAAGUGGGGGAAUUAUUAAAGUGUUGUGUAUACCUUCUGGUGCAAAAAGAUACUCAAAUUCAGCUCUCAAGAAAGGUGAUAUUUUUAAUGAAGCGAUGAGAGCUGGUGCUAAGGGUUUACCUUUCCUUAAGGUUUUGGAUAAUGGGGAGAUUGACGGAAUCGCUGCUUUGAUAUCGAGUAUGGAUGCUACAACUAGAGAGAAUUUGUUAAAACAAUGCUCUGCUGCACCCGGUGAUCUGAUCUUAUUUGCAGUGGGUCAUCAUGCGUCUGUUAAUAGAACUCUAGACCGUCUUAGACUUUAUGUUGCCAAUGACCUUGGCUUGAUUGACCAUGGCAGGCAUUCAAUUUUGUGGAUUACUGAUUUUCCAAUGUUUGAGUGGAAUGAUACAGAGCAGCGGCUUGAGGCUUUGCAUCAUCCUUUCACUGCACCAAAUCCUGAAGACAUGAAUGACCUUGCAUCUGCUCGUGCAUUGGCUUAUGACAUGGUUUACAAUGGGGUGGAGAUUGGCGGUGGAAGUCUAAGAAUUUAUAAGCGUGAUAUACAACAAAAGGUUUUGGAGAUUGUUGGAAUCUCAAUUGAGCAGGCUGAAUCGAAGUUUGGUUAUCUUCUUGAAGCGCUUGACAUGGGGGCUCCACCACAUGGGGGGAUAGCUUAUGGGUUGGACAGAAUGGUAAUGUUGUUGGCCGGGGCUAACUCCAUAAGGGAUGUGAUUGCAUUCCCAAAGACAACAACUGCACAGUGUGCCCUCACAAGGUCACCAUCUGAGGUCGAUCCCCAGCAGCUCCAAGAUCUCUCUAUUGCAACUUCACACCAACAUUGAUGUAUCCAUAUUCCUAUUUUUGGAUUAGAUGUUGCACCCUCUUUAUACCUCUCCACAACACCAUUUUUACAUCUGUGUACGUAUAUUAUGGACUUUUGGUUUUCAUGUGGAAUAAAUGGAGUUAUGUAGCACUUGUCCUUGUC